GUGAUCACACGUGCACUUUACUAAUAAAAUGCACUUUAUAAGUAGGAAUGGAAUACUGUAGCAACCAUUUCUCGAGAUUUAUGCGUGUCAUACUAGCAAUCAUAAUUCAUAUUUUGUGGAAAGCAGUAGCGGAGUGUGACUCGUGAUAUAAGAACUGCCGCAGUCCGAUCCAUAAAUGGACUCAGUGGGCCCAACUCCGAAGAAAGCAAACUUUAUAUUACUCGAGAGAUUUUGUUAAUUAAUUAAAAAAUUGCAUAAAAUCGUCUGCUGAAAAUCUGAAAUUCUGCUGCUGAUAAGGGCACCUGUACUGUAAUCCCUUUUGUAUGACUUGCUGCUGCUAUUCGUUCUGUUUCUCUCCAAUUUUUAUAUGAACCUCUUACUCCCACCUGCAUGAUAAGUUUCGAAACCUCCAAAAACUUUCAUUUUCACUCAACAUUCAUACACUAAUCUUCUCUCCCUGUGCUGAAACUUGGCUUUAAUCACUCUACAUUUGUGGGGUUUUAGCAUAUUUUUAGCAUCCUUUGUUUUCUGCUUUGAAAAAUACAGAUAAAGCUAAACGGAAAAAUUUCCUGUGGGUUUUUGCAGGGGAAAGAAAACCAAGAAAGCAACGAUUUUUUUUUUUUUCCCGCGGAGAUGACAGGCAGAGGCGAAAAGGAGAAGGAAAUUAACAAGGACGAAGAGUCCGAGGACUGGUGCUUCGUCUGUAAAGAAGGGGGCGACGUUCGCAUAUGUGAUUACAAGGACUGUCUAAAAUCAUAUCAUCCCGGCUGCGUGAAUGAAGACGUCUCUUUCUUGGAAAGCGAAAAAGAUUGGGAUUGCGCAUGGCAUAAUUGCUUCAAUUGCGGCUGUGGUAAAUCUUCUUACCUUUAUUGCUACACCUGCCCAAAUGCCGUGUGCCGGAAAUGCCUUCCUGCUGGGCACAUUUUAUCAAUUAAAGGUAAAUAUGGAUUUUGCAAGCGCUGCCUAAAGCUCGCUUUGCUUAUUGAAGAGAAGAAGGAUUGCAACUCUGAUGGGGAGAUGGUGGACUUUACAGACAGGAAUACAAUCGAGGGUCUUCACAUGGAAUAUUAUGACAUCAUCAAAGGAAAAGAAGGAUUCGAGCUGGAAGAUAUAUACGCCGCAAAAGAGCAAGCGAAGACGAAAAAGAGCUAUCAACCUAAUUAUGAUGUACAAUCUGAUGUAGAAGAGGACGACUAUGAAGAAGAAGAAGAAGAAGAAGAGCAUGUAUCUGAUUAUGAUGAGAACAAAAAGAGGAAAACACGUAAGAGAUCAAACGGACAGAAAUUCGGUAAGCAAAGGCCAAUUAAAUCCGAUAAAAAAGAGUUUAUAGGCUGGGCGUCGAGACCCCUCGUCGAGUUCCUCAACUCAAUCGGCAAAAGCACGACUGAAAAACUGUCUCAGCACGAAGUGACUUCCAUUGUGAAAGAGUAUGCCAAAGAAAAUAAAUUAAUAAAUCCAGGGAGAAAGAAAUCGAUAAAGUGCGAUACACUACUGCAUAAUCUUUUCAGGAAAAAGACGAUAGGUAGAUACAGAAUUCAUGACCUUCUAUGGGGCCAUUUUGCCGAAAACCAAGAAGAGUCUGACGAGGAUGAGUUUGGAUACGAUUCUGAAUGCAGUAAUGGAGACACUCAAAAUGCCUGCAAGAGGCAAAGAAAAGUUGACUUAGAGAAAAAUUCCCGAGAUAAGAAGGAAGAAAUUAAUGUGCCUCAAAGUCGUUUUGCAUCGAUUGUGGUUGAGAACAUAAAACUGGUUUAUCUGAGGAGGGGUGUGUUGAAGGAAAUGCUUAAAGAACCUGAAUCAUUUGAAGAAAAGGUGACAGGAUGCUUUGUUCGGGUCAAAUCUGAUCCGCAUGAUUAUCGGUCAAGAUUGUCCCAUCAGCUCAUUCAAGUCAAAGGUGUAAAAGCACUUCCAACAGAAGAGAACAAUGCAGAGGCUAUCCUUUUACUUUCAGCUAUGCCUGGAGAAAUCCACAUAAGGUUUCUUUCUGAUGAAGAUUUCAGUGAGGAAGAAUGUGAAGAAUUAAGAAGCAAAAUUUUAGCUGGCGAGAUUGAGAGGCCUACAGUGGAGUAUCUCCAACAGAAAGUGAAUGCUAUUCAUAAGGAUGUGACAAACCAUGAAAGUCCUAUAGUUUACGUGCAUAAACAAGAUAUCUCCACGCUUUUCGAGUACUUAGAUAGGAGAAAGAUACUGCAAUCUCCCGCUGAGCAGUCACGUUUGCUUGAAAAUGUGCCGACAGUGAUGCGGGAUGCAUACGAGCCUGAUGACUGUGACGUAAAGAAUGACGAACAAGGCUCUCAAGACACAUCAUCAGAAGAAGCUACUCAGCAUGACUGUGCAUCUCGUUCCGGAAAGAAGCUGUUGGACAAGCAGGCCAAAGGAAAAGGACAAUACUGUCUGAAUAAUCCGGUCAUUGAUGUGGACUCUGACUCUGGAGACAAAGAUGGAUGAGAAAGUGAAUGCUGACCUGAAAAAUGAGAGAAGGUGGAUGGCUCUAAUGAACUAUGCUCGAGUUUGAGUGUUGUGUUUUGGGAGUAUGAAGUUUGAUAGAUGGCUUUUUUGUUUUUGAGCCAAAAUGGCAAUUAUAUAGCCAAUGCCAAAUUGCCAAUAGUUAAACUCUGGUGGAUGGAUUAAGGCAUAAAUUUUUGUGGGCAUAUAUUUGCUUCUUUUACCCUCAAAAUUCUAUUGGGGAAGUUACAAUUGCUGCAUUUAGAAUCCAAUAUAUAUGGCAAUGUGAAAUUGCACUUUCAUGCAUUAGCGCAGAAAGACAAAAAAUGAACAAGCUGCUGGGAUAUGAAUUUAUAAUUAAAAAAAUC